AUGGCAAGCGUGGAACUUGAGGCGGUUCGAGUUUACAAUGGCCUGGUCGAGGGUCUUUUGAACCGUGCGACGCAGGUCAAGGCCGAGCAGAUCGAACCCCCACUGAGCGAAGGGCUUCUCGGCGAUCGGAUCUGGCAGGUCCCGGAGCAGGAAAAGGGGGUUGUGAGGCAGUUGAACCAGCAGACACAGCUUGCUGCAGUGGAAAUUGCUUUUCGCGAGAAGUUCUAUCACCUCUUGGCCACUACCUCCAUCGAAGACCCUGCCUUCAUCCAUAUCUGGAAUCUCCUCGACAUCGUCUCCAUUUUCUCCGAUAACGAACAAUGCGAACCUGGUCUGAUCUUCUGGCUUAUCGAGGAACUACUUGAUAGUCAAACCAUCAAUGGCUGCCGCAAGGUGUUUGACUAUUUGGAAUCGCGCCGAGAACGGAACAUCAAGGUUCGCAACGCUUCUUCAUGGCUUCAUAGCGUGCGCCCUUGGACUGACCCCAUAAAGAAACACUUCAAACAGAAAAGCCUUAUCAUCCUGAGAUCAUGUAACGAGCUCCUUCGCCGUCUCUCCCGUGCAGAAGAUACCGUAUUUUGCGGACGUGUUUUCAUCUUCCUCUUCCAGAGCUUCCCACUCGGAGACAAGAGUUCAGUCAAUCUUCGCGGCGAAUUCCAUACUGAGAAUAUCACCACCUACGACGACAUCGUUAAGCCCAUACCCGAUACCAAUGAGGAGGAUAUCACAAUGACAGAGGGCGACGACUCUACGCCGACAGAAAGCCAUGCAGGUGGUACAAGCCGACCCGAUAGUCGUGGCACAGGAGCCGAGGAAAAGUCGCAGGUCCCGAAAGUUGUUGUUUUUGACGACAAAAAGAGGAGAUCGAAGGAAUCGAAGGAACCUGUUGACCUCGAUGUUCUGUACCCUGUCUUUUGGAGUCUACAAGCCUACUUCUCUGCCCCGAGCAAGAUUUUCGACCCCGACCGUUUGGCAUCAUUCAAGGCCGGCCUUGAGGCAACAUUGUCCGCUUUCAAUAAUAUCAACACCGAACUUGACAGUCAGGGUGGCGGACGGUCGUCAGAAGACGCGCGCAAAUCCAAUAAGCGGAAGCGCGUAGCCGAUGGGCCUGAAGUCAGUAGCAACUUCAACCCGAAGUAUCUUACUAGUCGCGAUCUCUUUGAUCUGGAGGUCAGCGAUACGGCAUUCCGCAGGCAUGUUUUGGUGCAGGCUCUUAUUCUUCUGGACUUUAUGCUCUCUCUCGCGCCCCAAGCCAAGAAACGGCAGGCCAACCUGACGAACAAGUCCGUGCUCUACGGGUUCGUCUUGAGUGAGGAGGAUGCGAAAUGGGCAUCGAAUAUCCGGAGACAAAUCGAAGGGUACCUUCGAGACGGACCCGGAGGGAUGUUCUACUAUCGUAUGGUCGACACCGUUCUGUCAAGGGACAAGAACUGGGUGCGGUGGAAAGCCGAGGGCUGUCCACCAAUUGAGAAGCCAGCCAUUUCCGUGACGGAUUACGUGGCUGCACGCGACAAUGCAGUCAAAAUCUAUGCCGACAAACGCAUUCGUGCCUCCCCAAUGGGAGCACUGGAUUUCAAAUUUCUAUCCGAUAGCGAGGCAUUGGCAAAUAUCGAGCGUCUCAAGGAGUCCGAUCGAUUUGCCGUUCCCGAUUCGAAAUCGUUGUUGGGGGGCAUCCUCGAUGACGAAAUGGACAUCGACAUGGCACAGACCUCGGAGGACAAGGAUGCCGCGCUCAGCGCCAAGUACAGUAAAACCUGGCGUAUCCUCCGUUUGGCCGCGAAAACAAAGAUGGCCGCAUUUGACAAGAUCGAUGAUGGCAACAACCUAAACAUCCUCUUCGAAGCCCCAGCGCCACCCGGAGAGACUCCACAGCCCGAAGGCGAAGAAACCACCCAAGAAAACCCCGAGGCGUCGGGCAAAGAAAGCGGCGAAGAGGAAGCAGCACAAGAUACCCUAACCCCUACUGAAAAUCACGUCACCGAUGAUACCCAUCAACAAGAAAGCGCCACCCCAGCCGAGAAGCCGAUGAACGAGCAAGAUCCCGGCGUUGGGUCCGGUGUGGAAACCGGAGAUAACACCAGAGAAGAGUCUUAA